GGCUUUGUCGUCGAGCAGCGGCUCGCCCUCCGCCGCGUGAUGUGGGUCGCGCUGGCUCUCGCCGGAGCCGCCAGAAGUCGACGGAGAGCGAAGUUGCCGAAACGUCCCGCGGCGCAGCUCCAACACCGCUGCCGUUGAUGCUGCUGCCUGCCGUAAUUCCUCGCGGCUGCCACCGGAGUUGCAACACCCCCCGAUCGCCGUGGUCGAGUUUAAGGAUCGUCUGUUUUUCACUUCCCCGAGCUCUGUUGUAGAGAAAGCGCAAAGUGGCUGCGUCUCGGGUCCCCAGCCGCAGCUGGCGUUUGUCAACAGCCUUUCGCCGCCUCGCGCGCGUGUGUGUUUGUCGUCGUCCCGGACCGGAGGAGACUGCACCGCUCGCUCAACGCCUUUGGCCUGUGUGCGCUCGCUCGAGAUCCCAUCGACUGGUGUUUGUGCACGGCCCGGCCGCCCACUCCGCGCGGCGAAUUGCGCGUUAAUCUGGUGAGAGGCCAACCAUAGGCUGAAGUGGGGCCCGGCCGGAUCGGCCCGCUGCUGCAGGUUUGCGAUGGCUUUCGGACUGGCUCGGUACUGACCCACAUUGUGGCUCUUUAAGCACGUGCUCGUCGUUGUGCCAGGACGUCUGAGGGGGAACCGCGUGUGUGCACUUGUCUCGGACGCUGUGGAAUUUCGCCCACCGCCGCAAAGCUGGCCACUCGGCUCAGCAGCGACAGCCAGCCGGCUAUGGAGACUUGGAUUGAAAACCUGAACAAUCUGGUGAUCGCCCUGAAACAGGGCUCGGAUCCUCGGGCUGCCACGUGCCGAGGCAAGCUGCAGUACCGGCGCUCCAAGAUCAACCAUGAAAUCACCAAACAGAUGAUGAUGCGCAACGGAGCUGAAAAGCUCUUCAAAGCUACGACAAACAAGAAGCUUCGUGAGACAGUGGCUCUGGAGCUGAGCUUUCUCAACUCAAACCUCCAGUUGCUCAAGGAGCAGCUGGCUGAGCUCAACAGCUCUGUGCAGAUCUACCAGAGUGAGAACCAGUCGCAGGUGGUACCAAUGAUACCCCUGGGCCUCAAGGAGACCAAAGACAUAGACUUCAAAGAGCCUUUCAAGGACUUUAUUAUGGAACACUACAGUGAAGAUAGCUCUGUGUAUGACAGCGCCAUUCAAGAAUUUAUGGAUGUUCGGCAGGCUGCCCGCACCCCAACGCGGGACCAAGCUGGUGUUCAACUUUUGUUUGAAUACUACAACCUGCUUUAUUUUGUGGACAGGCGUUUCUUCCCCCCCAAUCGCAGCAUGGGAAUCUUCUUUGAGUGGUUUGACUCUCUAACUGGAGUUCCAAGCACACAGAAGACGGUUGCCUUUGAAAAAGCCAGCGUGUUGUUUAACAUUGCCGCACUGUACACGCAAAUAGGUGCAAAGCAAGACCGUGGAAAAAGCACAGGAAUAGAUUCAGCAGUUGACAGCUUUCUGCGAGCAGCCGGCAUGUUUUGUUACAUACGUGAGAACUUUAGCAAGCCACCUAGCAUGGACCUCAGUGCUGAAACACUGGAGGUGCUUACCCAUGUAAUGCUGGCCCAGGCACGAGAAUGCCUCUUUGAAAAGCUGAUCUUGGGUAAUGUCGAGAAGCAAGGAGUCAUGACUUGCAUUGAAGUGGGCCAAGAAGCAGCAGAGGUUGCCGAGGUUUAUGCCCAAGUGCACAAGCUUAUCUCGAUGCCUCCUGUCAAGGACUAUGUACCUUACUCGUGGAUUAGCCUUAUCUUGGUGAAGGCUGAACAUUACCGUGCAUUAGCACACUAUUAUGUUGCUGUAGGGCUUCUUGAACACUCAGGGGACUUGGAUGAGGCCUUGAGGCGGUCCCUUGAGUUUCUGCAUGUCCAAGAGCAAAGCAAUUCGACAUGUAUUGACAUCAGAGUGCCCCAAACUUUGGAGGAGAGACGACAGCUAGGUAAGGCCCACCUGCGUGAGGCUCUCCUACUGCACGAAGAGGCACUGCGUCUUCACCGCAUGUGUCGGCAAUUGCGUCAAGUGGACAACUUGCUGGGGCGCCUCAGGGCUGACCAUGAUGCUGCUUUGCAGCGCUAUGCUGACCUUGAGGAGGAAGAUGACUUCCAGGAGGUGUUAGACCCACCUCAAAUUCAAGCUUCCACAAAGUAUCAAUUGACUUUGACAUCACCCGAUUUCACUCAGUACAAAGUAAAGGAUCUCUUUCAUGGGCUGGGUCCGAUCAGUAUCUUCUCUGCCAGGCACCAUUGGUCAGCAUCCCGGGCUGUGCACCUUACUAAAAAGGGCAAGGAAAGCUUUGGCUUCAGUGUGCGAGGAGAUUCCCCAGUUAUUGUUGCUGGUGUCGAAGCUUGCAGCCUUGCAGAGCUGGCUGGUGUGAAAGAAGGGGAUUUCAUUGUUGCCAUUGGUGACCUUGACACCAAGUGGUCAACACACGAGGAAGUGGUACAAUUAAUAAGAAAAGCUGGCGAUGAGCUCACUCUGCGUGUCAUCACACCCAUGGAUCGCAGCUAUCUACGACAGAGCCCAGCAUCGUCAACCACCUCGUCAUCUGGUGUGAGCUCAAGUGGUUCGAGCAGAGUGCAGAGUCCCAAUGGUUCUAUUGCCAGCAACAAAAGCAAGGACAGCCACAAACGGCUGACUUGGAACUUCUUUCGACGUGGAACGUCCAAGGAGAGGCGGGAAGCUGGUUAUGAUGCCAACAUUUUGCUGCGUUGAACACAUUACUGCAACUACACACGACUGGCAUUGAUGUCAUGCCCAGUGGCCACUACCAAGGAACCGAGUGUGCAUGGAAAAGCAUCCAUGUUAAAAGGACAAAGUUGACAGAGUUGUUAUACUCUAGUGCUGGAACUAUGUUGCACCCAAUUCAAGGAUGCUUUUGAUGAGCUGUGCUCAGCCUUGAACUUUCAAGAUAUGGGGACUGAAUGGUGCUAUGGCAAAAAAAAAUUUGAGAACCUUCGUCAGUGUCACCAACUGUGUCCAAGAUCUGCUGCAUUUGCUAUGAUUGCUGCUGUCCGUUGCAGAUUCUUGCUUUGAGAAGGCAUGUGUUUUUCAGUCUUGCAACAUUUUUGCAGUUAGCACUCAUUUCAGCUUUUACUGUUUCACAGGAAAUUGCGGUAUUGUACAGAUAUAUGAAGGAAGCAACAAUGGUAGUCAUUGGUGGCAAUUUGUAAAUUGUUUUGUUUGUUUUGUAUUCAUGUAAUGGUUAAAAGGUGUGUGAAAUGUAAAGGACUUGCAUGCUUGUGCUAAGAGUACCAUCCUUCUGAACUGAAGUAUCAUAGCACUCGUGCCAUUUUUGGUUAUUUGACUGCUGCAGCCAUGCCAAAUGUGGAAAUCACAUUACUAAUCUUUCACUUGUUUCCUUCAACUGUGUUUAAUUGGUGUUAAAAUUUAGUGGGCUGUAAACAGUGGGCCAUUGCCUUGAGGCUAACAUCUGGCCUGCUAAAAGUCAAAUCUAUCAAAAUGGGUAGAAAGCGGGCAUCUAUUUAUGCAGUAUUAGUGCAUUAUUUUCGGUAAAACUAUGUUUCAGAAUGACAGUUCUAACUCUGGCCUAUUUGUAUACCCGACGCAUCACAGCUACAUUUCAAUCAGUCAUCCUUGUCUACACAUCCUUUAAUUGUGAAGAAAGCAUUUAGCAUACCAAUGCAAUUUGUUGUGCAUAUUAUUAACCAUUGCUGUGUUAGCUGCAGAUCCUUUCUGCUGUGUUCUGAUGAAACAACAGAACUAGAUGUUUUUCUUCACAUGCAUUGCAAUAUGUAGCUAAUACAUUCUAAGAUAUACUUUGCUUGCAGUGGUCUGCCACGAGAGCUUCAGUUUUUUAGCAUAGUGGAACGCAGCUUACCCUCCUUUACCUUCACAGUAGGGUUUUCACUCAUUCUUAAGCCAAGUAAAAGAAACUGUGGACUCGUAGUAAAUUGCACAUAUUUGUUUUUUGCAGCAUAUAAAUUUUCAUGCAGAGUUGUUAAGGCUGUUUAAAGUGAUCACUUUUGUUAAUCAAAGAUACUGAUGUGCAUGACGUGCAGCUUAGAGGGAUUGAGUGAGUGUUUACUACACGCUGAUGAACUCAUGUGGAAGCAGCCGAAGUGUUGCAGGAAGUCAUACAAUUUGUGUGGUGCUUAGAGAGGCAUCACUGACAGUGUCAAGGUAUAUAAUGUACAUACUGUACAUAUGGACAACCUAAGGCAUACUCUAUUUUUACAUCAAGGUUAGCUUUCUGACAUUACAGAUUCUUGUUUUAUUGCCUUUUUAAAACACCUCUAUAUUGCUUUUAUAACAUAUUUGGCUUCUGCUGAUGCCGUGUACUAAUUAAAAAUUAUAGACAAACAAAUUCCAAGGCGUCUAAUUCUUGUUACUUUCUAAAAAGAACCUGACUGCAUUUCAUGAAGUUAUGAAUUGUUCUCUUACAAUAUAUGAAAAGCAAUUCAGCCUAGCAGUGAAAUAAAGCACUUAUAUUUGAA